AUGUCACUUUGCCUGGAGCAGCGUCUGGCGCAACAGCAAGCCAAUGUUUUCGCUAUCUGCCCCACCGCUAUGUCACUUGGACCUACACCUGCUACAAGAUGUUUCACUGACGUGUGUUGUGAGGUGGUGGGAGGGUGUAGGGUCCACCGAGUCGCAUCCAUAUCUCCUCCAGUUGCUGCUCAACAGCAUGAAAGCUCGAUCAUACCACCGCUUGCCACCGUUAACCCCACAUCUACUCAGCUUGACCACCCUCCAGUUACUAUACCUGAGGGCCCCUCGACUACAUCCCAAUCUUUAACUACCACUCAGUCACUCCCAGCUGCUUCACGAGUUUAUGCCCGGCCGUUAGACCCCAAUUACGCACGGAACUAUGUUCUUGGGCACCAGCGGACGUUGGUGGCUGAACAGCGCUUUCAAGCCGACCAAAGUCUGAGUAUCAUGAUCCGCAAUAUGAUCGACGUAGUCCUCUGGUUGAAGAACAACGACCCUCCCCACCUGGUGAGGCUUACAUGCACCACACCUGGAAAGUUCAUGCCAGGAGACCAUUCGCUAUUGAUGAGAUUCGACCUUGGAGACUAUAUCGCAGUAUAUUGCAGUGAUCAGCAUGCCUGGAUCGAGCAAGACAUUAAGACUCCACUUCUCAGUCCCCCGAAUUCAACCAUCCUCCUCCGCUCUAUUGAUCUCACUGACAAUCACACGCUACACGGAUUUGCUGAGAGGGUCUUAUCCCUUAGUCGCACGCCUGCAACCGUCCAAUCUCCGUCAAAGCGAGCCUUUAGUGCCACGGGUAUGCAUCUCUCCCGAUUGGAUGGGAUCACCUCGCCGUUGAAGCGGCAGAGGAAUGCCAGUAGUAACAAUGCUGCGAGCUGGGUUCUCAUCUCUCCGCAGUCGCCCACUCCUUUACCGCUUAUCGAAUCACCUAGUCCCACCGUGACGUCACCUCUGUCACUCACCGCAGAUGACUCGGACACAUCACCUGCAUCAGCCACGGUCCAACCUAACGCCUCUGCUACUGUCCCUCCAGGUGCCCAAGCACGAUUUCCUUGGAAGUAUGCAUGCGAUAUGGUUCCCCGUAUUCAGCUCUUCGUCGAUUUAUCAGACGAUCAGAUGAUCCAGACCCUCUUCGCUACUACUUUUCUGAAUUGCACCUAUACUAAGGCAACAUUUUAUAAGCAUCGUGCCGCUUAUCGGGCAGCUAUCAGGAACUCGGGGGAUAAGGUGGAAUAUGCCGUCAAUGCAGGAUAUAGUCCCGCUGGCCUGUGGAACACUCUCUUGGCGGAAAUCAAAGCUAACACCCUCAGUCUUACUGGUAGUAAUGGCCUGGGUAGCGUCUCAAACUCGGAUGCGAAGUGUCAUAUACUGCCUCCGAGUUUACUAUCAAUGGACCCAUCUACCACUGACACUGAAUUACUCCUUACUCCGAGUUUACUACCAGCAGACCCAUCUACCACUGACACUGGAUUACUCCCUACUGACUUAACCGGUGAUAUGAGUGACGCUCUUGCGUCACUAUUCUGGAGCAUAGAGGAGAUGAACCAUGAUACCAUAGCAACCACCAAUUCUGAAUUUCCAUUAGAUUUUACGAGUUAUCCCCAAAUCGAUCCCUUUCCUGUCAAUACAUUUCCCGCUUGGUUAAAUGAUCCCUCUCCUAGUCUGUCUGAUGCAGGUCUUGCUCUGCCAAAUCUAUGGGAUUUUCCAGUCGACCGACAACGCAUGGGAGCUCAUCCAUUACAGGUUGCAUGGUGUACCAAAAUCAUUCUCCAGUUGACCGACAACGCAUGGGAGCUCAUCCAUUACAGGUUGCACGGUGUACCAAAAUCAUUCCUGUUGACUGAUGCUCUGAAGGCGGCAUAUGUAUGGCGCGUGCAGCCUCGGCUUUCUUGGGGAUCUAUUGGAGGCAGGGUUGCCGUAGUGUAA